AAACCUUGUUUACUUCUCUGUGUUUAUUCUUUUCACUGCCAUGGAAGGUGAUACUGGGUGUAUUAACCAGAACACCAUUACAAAAAAGCACCUACGCCACUGGUGGAAUCAGCUGUGGUCUGCACAUACACAGCUUAUUGUUUGUAUUUGUUUUGAAUUUGGUUUGUUUGUCUUCAUGCAAUACAGUGCCGUAAGAAUGGAUUGGUGAUUUUCUCAAUAAAACUUGACUGAAAACCUGGCACCCUGAUGAUGCCGCAUCUGGCCGUGACUUCGCAUGUCAAAUGUCAAGAAAAACUAACCUUAUUUUUCUCUUUUCAUUAUAAAAGACAUGAUUGCCUACGAAUUGAUGAUUUUAUAUAGGCUGAUGCCUAAGCCUGAACUAAGAACUGCUCUAAAAAGAACAUCCGAAACAAUCUUCCAGAAAGGGGGCAUCAUACGUAAAUUAGAGAACUUGGGAACAAGAGAUUUACCGUUUAAAAUCAGUGUGCAUGGUGUGGUUUACAACAAAGCUGACUAUUUCUUAUUUGAAUUCAAUGCACCGCCGUCAUCUAUAGCGAGUCUGUUCGAUGAGUACAUCAGGGAUGUGUGAUGUAGUACGAAGAAGACUAUAUAAGAAAACUGAACCAGUAGGAUUUGAAUGUACCUUGGACAAUGAAAUGAAACCUCCACCAUACAGAAAUGAUGUGCUAAACCUCAUAGAACAAGCUAAAUCACAACAAGGGAAACCUAAAUUUGAGUACAAUACUAAUUUAGACCAUUAUCCUUUCCAAAAGUGAAGUGUUUCCUGCAAACACAAGUUGUUAUUCAUUUAUUAAAUGUAGGUGUUAAUUAGUGAUACUAUAUGUUUGCUCCAGCACAGUAAGGAAUGAGAAACAGUUCAUAAAUUAAUAUCUGUGGAAAUAUAGUGAAAGAUAAAAUGGAUGCAUUAGUACAGUUUUAACUUUUCUAACAUGGGGUAUGUAGAACAGACAUACUCAUACAGAGUCCAUUUGAUAUGGAUGUGUUUGUCAAAAAUACAUACGAACUACAUAAAAAAGAACAAGAAACUAUUUUUUUUUUCCUAUAUUCCAGUCCUGCACUGUCAACUUUGAACUACAACACUGUUUAUAUAUCACAAGCAAUUUCCCAACAUUCCUCACAGCUUUGACUGUCUCCUUUAAUCUGGUUUCACUAUACAGGGUGUUAAUUAUGUACCAUAAAUUUAACAGAUGAUUCUUUGAGUAAUUUUAUGGCAAAAAGGGCAUUAAACAUACGACCGCAAAUUCUAAAUUCUCAAGAUAUGGGGCCAUUCAAGUACUACGUAAGCAGAUUUAUUA